AUGAAUCAUAUCCACAUAAACUGGACGAAGAUUCAUGAGACGCAACCAUGGUACGAUGUUAUAGAUGUUCCAACUCCUGAAAAGACCGUGGGUUGCUGGGACUUCGUUAACUUCACAUUUACUGAAGGCGGCAGCUCUUUAAAAUUUACCACGAAGGAAUUCAAAUCCGGCGAAGAGCAUGAUCUUCACCUCCAGAGAAACGAAAAUGAUUGCAAUUACCAUAUACAAAACAGUAAUAAAAGGCAGUUGAAACAGAUUUAUCAAGAAUUCAAUCAGGUACAAUCGGUUUCAACAUCAAUUCAAGAUAUUAACGUAGAAGCGCAGCAAAACUUGGAAGCGGGAUUUUCGUUCAUCACUGACUACCAAAAUUACUUUAUUAUAAUUAAUUGUCUUGAAAAAGAUUGGACAGCCUUUGUGAAAGCAAGAACUCGUCAAAUCACUGCACUCCAGCUUCAAAUGAUCUCGGAUGCUUUGGUCAAUCGUGGUUUUUACUCCCCAAUCAUGACAUUGAAAAAUUUAUGUGUUCAUACAAAGGACCAAUCAGAUUUGGGUAUUGUUUAAAGAAUUAGAAUUUGCAUUCAGAAAUUUUCAUUCGUGAAAGUUAAAUUUAUUAUUUUACUUUUAAAAUGAUAUUCAGCUGCAU